GAAUGGUUUAAUUACUUAUAAUUAGACUAGGGAGUAGAAAUUUGCAUAUCUAUUGUCAAGAGGUAUUUUUUUGAAAGAGAUAAUAUAGGUAGUCUAAAUAAUCAGUAAUCCUAUUAAGUAUUAAGAGAUAAACUCUCAAAUGAUUGAUUUGAAUUAUACUUUAAAGGUUUUGAAAGUUAUAUAAAUGAGCAUUCCACUUUAGAUAAAGUAUAUAUUAUUUAUAUUUUAAAGAUGUCCAUAUAAUAAUUAUAAAACUUUGUAGAAGGACCAAUGAA